AUGGACUUUCAUUAUAAACGCUCAAGAGUAUUAGGCAAGAAUUCUUAUUCUCAAUAUAGAAACCGACAGUUUAAAAUCAAGAAGAGCUUUGAAGAAGACCCUAAAAUACCUACAGAUAUAGCAGAGAAGAGAUAUCUCCUAGUAAGCUCAUCUAGAGUGGGGGGAGCAUCCAUAGAGAGACAACUUAUUGACAGUGCUAAGUUGAUCCCUAUCAAUCAACAAAUAUUUGAGAAAAGCAUCAGUUUGUUGUCUAGUCUAUCCGAGGAAAGAGAGGGAGAAAUACUAAGUGAGUUUAUAGACUUAUCUGAUAUCGAGGAGGAAGUUGACUUAUCAGCAGAACAGAAACCUAUAGUGCAGGAAAGGAUCUUACAGAAGUCCUUAAAGGAAAGAGUCAUGGGUAGAAAAUCAAACAGAAGAGAAGAGAGAUACUCUCAAUUGCUCUCACAAGAAGAAAGUCAGAGAACAUCCAAAUCGACCAAAGGAAGUAAACCCAAAAAUGACAAGGAUGACUCUUGGGAGAGAAGAUAUGGUUAUGAUGCAGUAGGAGGAUUAGCAGAAAUGAUGACUAAGAAGAUGAACGAAAAAUUGACAUCCCAAGAAACCAUCAAAACUUCCAAAUACGACCCCAAAGAGAGAUCAGAUCAUGUCAGCAGAACUGAUAAAAGACCUGUUGAUCAUAUCAGGGGCGAAGUGGGACAGGGAGCUAUACCAAAGAAUAGCAAACCCAUUCACAGUCAGUCGGAGAAUGCUAACGACAAUUUGAAAUCUUCUAUGACGGAAGUAUUGAAGGAAGAUAAGGGAGCCUCAUCAAGAAAAGACAAAAAAACUAAUAGAGCCAAGAAGGACAAAUACUUCUUAGAUAUGACUCUCCCUACUGGGCCCAUUUUACCAGUUAUACAUUCUACCUUAAAUCCUGAUGCUACAGAGUACCAACAACAAUCAAAAACACCUGUAUACUCUAUGGAGCCUCCUAUAUUUAAGAAGAAAGUUGCUGGACUUGACAAUAAAGAUAAGUCUCUUCUAAGAGAUAUAGAGGAUAAAGUUCAAAAUAUCAGAGAAGAUAAAGAGAAUCCCACACUAUUCAAUGAGGCCGCAGUAUUAGACCUGAUUAAUAGCCAGAUCGGAUCCUAUCAUGUCUGGACGUUAAAUGUACUGGAAAAGAUAACCAGUAAUCAAGGCAUCUUACAGGAAACUAUAUUGUCUCAGAAUACAUCAUUUCUGGUUAUGAAACACGAGAUGAAUGAGAACAAUAACCUUCUAAAUGAUAUAGUGCAUCAUCUCACAGAGACAAAAGAUGAGGAAGCACUGGACCUCGGGGGCAUGUCAAAUAUGAUCUCUAACAUGAAGAUACAGAUAGAAGAAAUGAAGACUUCUCUUGAAGGGAUAAAAAAGUCCCAGUGGGUAAAACAACCAUCAUCUAUCUUGACUCCGAAUAUAGUUCCUGACAAAAAAACAGCAUUUGAUGGGAGUAAAAAAGUCAAAAAGCUGCAUGAUUAUAAGAAAGUACAAGAUGUACUUCCCAAAGAAGUAGAGAAAGAAAUCUCUGGGCUACCAACAAGAAAUCCUGGAGAACCGCUUUUCCUCUAUAGACAGAGAUGUGCACUAGACAAUUGUUAUUUGAUUCUUGGUAUGUCUAAACCGGUUGCGGAAUCUAGGAAUUCCAGAAUCCGCAAGAAGGAUCCGGAAGAAGAUUUAACCAUGGGGAAGAUCGAAUCUCUGAGAGAAGGAUACCUAGAUAUAGAGGAUCUGGACUAUGAUAGAACCAAGAAGACUAUAGUAUAUGCUUACAGGAAAAUAUUGGCUUUAGACUCAAGCAAGAUGAGAGCUAUGAGGAGUACAUUAUUGUCUGUAGCUCAAGAGUUCGGCAUAGAUAUAGUCUCUAUAGACGGGCUAGACAAAUUCAAGAUGAAUUUGGAUAUUUUGUACAAGGUAGUCAUGGAGGGACUCUUAAAUCUCAUAUUCCCAGACUUGGUAAACAACCCACCAAACUGUAUAAACUUCAAGAUGUCACAAAACAUAGAAAAUAAAAAUUCAUCGUCAUCGUAUGUAUCAGCAGUGAAAUCAGCUCCCAAACCAAUAUUUCCCAAGAAGGAUCAAGCAAUUGUUAUGCACGCAGAUGAUAAUAUUAAACUAUUCGAUUAUGUCAAAGCAAUAGGUGAUAUCGUUGGCUCCAAACAAAUAACUUUUGCAUCAAGAAUCUCUAACAAUAGAAUAUGUAUUUAUCUUGCAAGUACCGACCUUGUUGAAAAACUAUUACGAUCACACCAAACAAUAACGAUUGAGAACACUAUCCUAAAUAUUCGUAGACUCGUCGCCCCAACCAAGAGAAUAAUAAUUUCUAAUAUAUCUCCCUUUGUUCCUCACGAUAUCGCAGAAACUGCCAUAAAAAGCCUUGGACUCCAAAUGGCCUCUCCCAUUUCUUUCUUAAGAGCCGGUAUCCCUGGCGACGAAUAUUCUCAUAUUAUGAGCUUCAGGCGUCAAGUAUAUGUCUUUUCUCCUCUAGAAAAUUUUGAACUUCACACUUCCCUCGUCAUCUCCUUCGAUGGCCAAGAAAAUAGAAUUUUCCUUUCUACGGAUAAAAUGGAAUGCUUUAUUUGCAAACAGACUGGCCACAUAGCUUCAAACUGCCCUAACCCACCAACAAAUAACUUACCAGCACAUAUAAUCACAGACACCCUCUCCCAAACAACCACACAACCUUCUGUUAGCUUACCUCCUAGUCAACAACCUCCGAUUAGUUCUCCACCUAGUCAACAACCUCCUAUUAGCUCACCACCUAGUCAGCAACCUCCUAUAGAAACAUCCACAAGCCCCAUCCCAGAAACUCUACCACAUCAAAAUCUACCUCACUCAUCCCAAACUCUCACAGAAACUCCAAAUGACCAAACAAACCUCCUCAACGAAGAUCCAUUCCUAACCCCAACACCUUUACAAGAAAUGCCUCCUCCCAAAACCCCUCCAACCUCAUCCAGUAUCAAAACAAAAAAGAUGAAGCGCAAAAGAACAGUAUCUACAGAAAGCAUUCUGACAGAAGCUACAAAGAAAUCUAUCGAAGAUGUCUAUCAAGAAACUCCUGAGGCCUUUGCUCUUACCAUUGAAAACCUUUUCGCAUUUCUGGAAAACACUCAUGGUAACCCAGAGCCCUAUACAGAAGCACUCAAAUUCACAAGUGACGUCAAAUCUUUAGUAGAAAACCUAAACUUAAUAUAUCCAGCUCUCAAAGAAAGAUCAACCAAGAACAGAAUAACUCGACUAGCAAAAAAGAUCAAAAGACACCUAAACCCUGACUCCGAAGAAACAGAUAGCUUACCAAGUUUAGACGACCCAUCUGACGAAGACUACAACUCUGAGGGAUCAAUUUCCCUUAAUUCUCAAAAAUCCUCUUAUUAA